CAGUAUCAUUUAAAAGUCUAAUUUGAUUUCUUGAAUCAUUCAUCUAGAUUAUGAUUGCUGUACAAAAUAGACAUGAUGAUGCUUACAAUUUUACUGUUUGAAUUUUGGUCAAUUGAAAUCGAUUUAAAUCGUUGGUUGGUUUUAUAGACCAGCUGAUUCUUUCCUUGUUGUGUUCACAUCUUUGUCAGAAAACUUUGUAUCAGAUUAACGUUGUGCAAGUUUAAAUUUCAGCUCAACUAUGAAACUUUUAUUGCUAUUUUUAAUUUUGGCUCUAUUCGGGUUUUUCAAAGGAGCAGCCAGAGAUAGGAUAAAGUGUGAAAACAACGGACCUGUUACAUAUGGUACACCAAUCACUUUUACAGUAAAAAUUCACCAUUCAACAGAUACUCCGUCAUAUCAAUUGAGGUUCAAAUUUUUUGACUUUCCAAAUCAAAAUAUCAACAUUUCCUCAACUUCAAAUGUAGUUAAUUAUACAGAGAUGUUUCAAUCACCUUCUGUACGAGAUUCCAUAUUCAUCUAUAAUCAUCUGACUGAUAUUAGUGUCUGGUAUUGCCCCCUCGGAGUCCCUUCACAUGAGAUAUCAUAUUGUCUCUUUAACUUCCUACUUGUUGAUUCCAUGGAUGGAUUUAUAGAUGUAACCCAAAAUAUUUCAGAACGGAGUUUACAAGAGGGUUUUGUGUCCACUGCAAGUCCAGUUGAGCUCACUGCCUUAAUCUAUCAUCCUACCGGAUUUUAUGACUCAGCCAAUAAAACUUAUAAAUGGACUGUGAAUGGGUCACCUCAAGAAGAAAGUUAUGACUUUAUUGUCCGUAAUUUCUCUAAGCCUCAACUGAACAACAUUUCAGUUUUAGUUUCGGUCUCAAAAACAAACCCAGUUUUUCAAAAAACUGAAUUAUUUACACUCACAUUGCAUAGCAAAGAUCCAAUUCAAAAUUUAACUACUGAUAGCCAAAACAAUAUUCAACUUUUCAAAGAUGAAAAUCUCCAGUUAAACGUAAAAAUUAAUGGAGGAACACCACCAUUUUAUUUUUGCUGGGAAAUCACAAAUUCAACCAUUUCGGGGAGAAAUAUUGAACCUUCAAGUGAAAUAUCUUUUUGGCUCAGAUAUGCCGAGAAAGAGCGCAAGAAAUCUUCAGAUUCAGAUUGUGAGAAAACAGACGAAAGCUCUUUCAGCAUAAAUAGCCAUUUCGAAGAAGCGGGAAAUAAAACUUUGUAUAUUGAUGUGAAUAAUUAUGUUUCAUCCUUAACCAAGAUCAUGACCAUUUCAGUUCAUGAGAGAGAGUCACUCCGACAACCAGCAGCCAAUAAACCUAAAAUGCCUGUUGUGAUGCAAGAAAACUCAAGUAUUAUGAAAAAAUACAAACCUGUUAUCUACUCUGAAGAAGCCGAAAUUUCUGAUAAAGAAAUAGAAAGUUAUCUUCGAAGUAAAAACGAAAUAGAGUUUAUAAAGGAUAUGCUAACUGAUUUUCAGAACUCAUCAUGGAGAGACUAACAUUUAAAAUAUUUGAUUUUUGUAUCUUGUUAGAAGAUGUCCAUGAAAUUAUGAUAAUAAUCACUCUUUUCUGUAUUCAGAUAAAUAUUAAUCUAACAAAAAUUUAUAAAUUAAAUAUACUUAAAAUGUUAAAAAUCUUAAAUUAUGAUUAUGAUUACAAAUUUUGAUCUUUCUAAUACGAUUAUUUUAUUUGCGCUGCUUUCAGUAAUCCCUUGAACAUCAGGUAAAAAUUGUUUCUCAGCUUCUUCUGUUGGAUCAGCGUCACUUGUUUUUGGUUGACCAGAGUAUGGAUCGAUUACCGGUCCGCCAACAUUUCUUCCGCCAACAACGCCUUCUUUUAAACAUUUAAACCAAUUACUGACACCAUUCCUUAGACUUGUGAUUGUCUCAAGACCUUCAAUUACAGCAUUAAUUUGAUAAUUUCUGUCAUGAUGUUAACAAAAACUUGAUAAAUACCACAACCGACCAAACUCCAAUGAGGGUAACCGGCACAUCAUAAUCGCAAGCUCUCAAGCUUGUUAGAUUGUAAUCCAUUAUUGAGUUUCCUUUUGUCCAGCAGCGUUUCAGCGUCGUCACGAGUUUCAUUUACUAAAUAUAAACCUUAGUUUUAAAUAAAAUCAGCAGCGAUUUAAGUGAAAAACGAAUCAAGUUUAAAUUUGCUCCAUUCAUCCAAAGCUUAACUCAUCUCAUCGCAACUUUAAAGUAACCCUUGUAAUAUCCAACUUCAUCCCAUUGACGCAUUAGCUUGAUCUAUGCAGUAAGGUGAGUGAGAUCUCGGUGAGUAAGGUUUCAAUAGAUGAUUAACAAACAAAAAUAGUGGCAACAAAAGUCAACCCAGAGAAAGUUGUUCAAACUGUAAAGUUACUGUUUCAACUAACAUGCUUUUCAAUGCAACAACAUUUCAUCAACAACUUUACUCAAUGGAU